GUAACGAGAAUUAGCCAAUCAGAGGCGGAGUAGGGCGGGACAUUCCUUCCCCAUCCAAGGAAAGGAAAAUUGGCUUCCUGCGUUGUCUUCAUUAGCUUGUCCCGCGGAGGUUUAACUGUGGUACUCACAACAUUUCGUUAAGACAUCUUUGUUGCAGUGGUAAAUUUCUCGUCUUGUAUGCAUCAGUCGGGUCUCGCAGGUCUGUCAGGCCUGUGCCGAGUCACCGACCAUCUUUAUCUCAGUAAUGGCAGAGCGGCUAAUGAUGCCUCCCAGGUGGCUCGGUGCAAGAUAGCGUGCAUCGUAAACGUGACCGAGACCAAGAGCCGCCGCCCUCUUCAUCCCGGGGUAGAGUACAUCCACAUCCCGCUCGCUGACUCCCCGGUGUCUCCUCUCAGCGAGCACUUCGACGAAGUCGCGGAUAAAAUCCAGCAGACUGCGGACCGCGGUGGCCGCACUUUGGUGCACUGCAACGCGGGAGUGAGCCGCUCCGCCUCGCUGUGCAUGGCCUACCUGAUGAAGCACCGCGGCGUGGCUCUCCUGGAAGCCCACCGGUGGGUGAGGACUUCUCGGCCCGUGGUGAGACCGAACAACGGCUUCUGGAAACAGCUCAUCCGGUACGAGAUGGAGCUCCGUGGGUGCACCUCUGUCCGAAUGGUGUCCUCCUCCAUGGGAGAGCUGCCAGACAUUUAUGAACACGAAACCAGGAAUAUGAUGCCACUGUGAAGAAGCCACUGCACUGCUGUGUGAACCUAUUUAUGUGCAUUAAUAUGCUGUUUUGUGUGUCGCAUGUAGCCUACAGGGAUAGUGCUGUUUCAGGGGUCAACGUUGUUGUUGUUGUUGUUGUUGUUUUUAAACUUUUCCGGUCGGGCAAGUGAAAACAAUUCUACUUGCCCAAAGAUAACUUUUACCAGCCCCUAUACAAACUGUCUUUUUCGAAGAAGGGAAAAAAAAGUGUCCCAAAUCGUCAACAUAGUAAACAAAAACAAACCUGAAAAAAACGCACAUUAAAAGUCAAAAACGUUAUGCAUCAAAGGUAUAAAAAAGUGUCAAGGACCAACUCCAAUUUUUUAUGGCACAUUCAAAUCAUUCAAAAAGCCUUCUCAGAUGUGACAAGAGAAUGAUAACAUAAUUUAUGAUACGAUGAUGUGAUAUGAUAAUAUGAUGUUAUAUUUACUUGCCCCGGGGCAUCGGGAAACCCUUACUGUUGAACCCUGUGUAAAGUCAUGUAGAGAAAUAUAUAAAGGCGUAAAAUAAUUUUAUAUUUUAGGCCGUGUAAUGUGCUUACUAAAAAGUUAGAUAAAGAAUGAAUAUUAUAUUCUGUACUCCACUACAUUUAUCUGACAGCUACUAGUUUAAGAUAGUUUAGCCUACAUUAAAAACACAAUACAAAACAUAUACGCUUUAUGAAAUACAAUGCCGAUUAGUCAACUAAUCUGUCGUUUGGGUCUUAGUUGAUUUAAAAAAAAAAAAAAAAAUGUUUUUGUUUCAUACUGAAUUACUUAUUUCCAAAUAACUUAAAAGCACAUCUCUGGUAAACACAAGAUUGACAGAAGUGGAGCUUUUGCAUGAUUCUUUGUGGAGAAACUCCGUUUCACUGAUCUCUCGAGUGAAUUAGCUAAUCUAUUAGUCAACAAUAAAAGAGUGUUACCUCUAUUUUUUACCAUCUGCGCUACGUUCCGUGAGCAUUCAAGUCAACGCUUGAUAUUCCACACAGAAGCGCGUGUGAAGCGGCUCUCCGCGCCGCUAAAGAGACGCGCCAGGUAGGGCUGGGGGAUACGGAGAAUAUCAAAUACCACAAUAUUUUUGACCCAAUACCUCGAUAUCGAUCGAUGGCGGAGGAUGGAAAAAAAAACGGAACGCAGCACAGAUGCGUAUACCCAGUUGAAAAUCCGGGGGUGAAUCGAGUAAUAAUUUCUUAAGUCGAGGACAGCCCCAAUCCUUGUGGCCCCUUCACAAGUUACUAGUUGCGGCCCCUUGUCACAUUUCUAUAAGUUGUUAGCCAAAAGAGUGUUAUCCACUUGACUUCUCAAGAUAGUUUCAAAAAGGUAAAGCUAUCCAAUAUUUCACAAAAAGCACAGAGUAGAAAAAAACACGAAAAGGCCCUCAAAACCUACCUCAUGUUUUUACUUAUCUCGCAAUUUUACUCUUGUCUUUAUUCAAAUGUUUACUGCUCGUUUUUAUUCGUAUCCUAUGUAAAGCGUCUUUCACAAGCGCUAUAUAAAUCUGUUUUUUUAUUAUUAUUAUUAUUAAAAACAAAUUUGAGUUUG